GCUCUCCAGACGUGUGUCAGGACGCAGGCGUGGGUCUUAAACAUGCCUUUCCUGACACAAAUAGAAUCUGAGGAGGAUCAGUAUGUUUUCACUUGCAGCUUGGACAAUGUAAGGAACCUUUCAAAUAUCCUAAAGGCCAUUCAUUUUAAGGACCAUGCUUCUUGUUUUGCCACUAAUAAUGGACUCAAAGUCACGGUUGAAAAUUCAAAGUGUCUUCAAGCAAAUGCCUUCAUCCAGGCUGGAAUCUUUCAAGAAUUCAAUGUAAAUGAGGAAUCUGUUGUGUUUCGGAUCAACCUGACUGUUCUUCUGGACUGUUUAACAAUUUUUGGUGCAAGCUCAGUUCCAGUGACAGCCACCGCACUGAAGCUGUGUUACCAUGGGUAUGGCCACCCUCUCACAUUGUUUCUAGAAGAAGGAGGGGUGGUAACAGUUUGCAAAAUAAACACUCAGGAACCUGAGGAGACACUGGACUUUGAUUUCUGCAGCACCAAUGUUGUCAACAAAAUAAUCCUGCAGUCAGAAGGGCUCAGAGAGGCGUUUGCAGAAUUGGACAUGACCAGCGAUUUCCUACAGAUCACUAUGUCUCCAGACAGACCCUAUUUCAGAUUGUCCACAUUCGGAAAUGCAGGAAGUGCUCAUCUAGAUUACCCCAAAGAUUCAGAUCUGAUAGAAGCGUUCCACUGCAGUCAGACUCAGACAAACAGAUAUAAAAUCUCUCUGCUGAAGCCAUCAACAAAAGCACUUGCAUUGUCCUGUAAAGUGUCUAUCAGGACAGACAACAGAGGUUUCCUUUCCUUGCAAUACAUGAUCAGGAACGAGGACGGACAGAUCUGUUUUGUUGAAUAUUACUGCUGCCCUGAUGAAGAGGUGGACACUGCAGAUACAUAGACUUUAUAGUGGACACUUUGUAAGCAGUUUAUGGCCACAGAUGCAAGAAAUGAACUCACAUUAAAAAAAAAAAUUAUUUCACUAAACUAUAGAAUAAACUGGUCAAUUUUGGAAGCAGUAAAUCCUAUUGGUCAAACUAGUUACAUCAUCUACUGCAUAAGAAAACAUUCACUCUACUUUAUAAUGACCGGCUUACAAUGUUGCAAUGUUAAAUGAGUAUUUUCAGGGGCGAGCUACUGAGUAGUAUCUCAUAGAUGUCUGAUUUUCUCAGUCCCAUUUCUUACAACUGACUAUAAAGUAAAAAAGAAUGAACUAUGUACUGCAAUGUUGUCUCUGUCAUAUAAUAUUUUUGUAUUCCUAUUUUUAUGUUUUUGUACGUAGCUGUGAAUAAAAAUGUUUACGAUAA